AUGGCUGACUCUGGAGUUGAUACUGGCAACGAAAGCAGCGAUAAUCCUGUUUUCGACCAUUCGUACUGUGUGUUAGAGUUCAAUCCUCCAGCUAUACCAAUCAAUCUAGCAGGACAACCAAUGCCAAUAGAGUUUUUAGGAGAACCUCAUGACCACAUCGCUUCUACAAAUAACACAGAUCUUGUGGAAAAGCUGCUUUUAUCAGGAGCCGAUCCAAAUUGUUCAGAUGAACACAAAAGAAGUCCUUUACACUUGGCAGCUUGCCGAGGCUAUGUUGAAGUAGUAAAAAUGUUGAUAAGACAUGGUGCCAAUCCUAACAUAAAAGACACAUUAGGAAACACACCCCUUCAUCUAGCAGCUUGCACAAAUCAUAUUCCUGUUGUUAUUGAAUUGUUAGAUGCUGGAACAGAUGUUAGCUCUCAUGAUAAGAAUGGACGUAACCCCAUACAACUAGCCCAAAGUAAAUUGAAACUGAUACAAAUGAGACCAAGUGGGGCCGGACACUUUGAAGAGACAAAACAACUUAUAAGUGAAAUUUGUUUAGUUGUUGAGAUGAUGCUAAAAUAUAUGAAAAUCCAAAAAGCUGAUGCAGGGGAAUUGGAAUCUGUAAGAGAAAGAUUGGAAAAUGUGAGCACAAGGGAACAAGUUGAUUCUGAGGUACAAAAUCUUCUCGAUAGUCUUGAUUCCUUAAAGUUGAGA